AUGUCAUUGAAAACAGUGUCUGUGGCUACAAAUCCUUAUCCAGAUCAGAAACCUGGUACCUCGGGCUUGAGAAAGAAGACCAAGGUCUUUGAAGAAACUCCAAAUUAUACGGAAAAUUUCAUCCAAGCCAUCAUGGAAGCUAUUCCUGAGGGAUCUCAGGGUGCUACUUUGGUCAUUGGUGGUGAUGGUCGUUACUACAACGAUGUGGUGAUUCAAAAGAUUGCUGCCAUUGGUUCUGCUAACGGUGUUCGUAAGAUUGUCAUUGGUCACAAUGGGAUUUUGUCAACACCAGCUGCUUCGCACAUUAUUAGAGCUUACCAUGAGAAAUGCACCGGUGGUAUCAUUCUUACUGCUUCUCAUAACCCAGGUGGUCCAACGAACGAUUUUGGUAUUAAGUAUAACUUGGCUAAUGGUGGUCCAGCACCGGAAUCGGUGACCAAUUCGAUCUGGCACAAAUCAAGGGAAUUGACGCAUUAUAAGAUUGUCGAGUCUUUCCCUGCCAUUGAUCUAACCAAGAUCGGUCAAGAUCAGAAAUAUGGUGAUUUGUUGGUAGAUAUCGUUGAUUCUACCGCGGCAUAUGUUGAAUUGAUGAAGGAAAUCUUCGAUUUCCCAUUGAUCAAAUCGUUCAUUGACACACAAGCAAAGAACGGGUUCAAGAUCUUGUUUGAUGCAAUGAACGGUGUCACCGGUCCUUACGGUGAAGCUCUUUUCGUUAAGGAAUUGGGUCUACCAGAAUCAUCUUUGCAAAACUACCAUCCAAAACCAGAUUUCGGUGGGUUGCACCCUGACCCUAAUUUGACUUACGCCCACACUUUAGUGGAGAGAGUCGACAAGUACGGAAUUCAAUUCGGUGCUGCCUCCGAUGGUGACGGUGAUAGAAAUAUGAUCUAUGGUGCUGGUCCAGCAUUUGUCUCGCCAGGUGAUUCUGUUGCCAUCAUUGCCGAGUACGCUUCUGCUAUCCCUUAUUUCAAGAAACAAGGAAUUUACGGUUUAGCUCGUUCGUUCCCAACGUCUUCUGCCAUUGAUAGAGUCGCUAAGGAACAAGGUUUGAACUGUUAUGAGGUUCCUACCGGUUGGAAGUUUUUCUGUGCCUUGUUCGAUGCAAAGAAACUUUCAAUCUGUGGUGAAGAAUCAUUCGGUACCGGAUCUAACCACGUUAGAGAGAAGGAUGGUGUAUGGGCCAUCAUGGCAUGGUUAAACAUUUUGGCUAUUUACAACCAAAGAUUCCCAAACAAAGAAGCUUCGAUUAAGUCUAUUCAAACGGAUUUCUGGCAAAAAUACGGUCGUACUUUCUUUACUCGUUACGAUUUUGAGAACUUAUCGAGCGAAGACGCUGGUAAGGUCAUUUUGCUGUUGCAAAACUACGUCGCUGACCCUGAAUCUAUAAAGGGUACCAAAUUCCCAGCUGAUGAUUCUUUGACAGUGGUAGAAGGUGGUGACUUCUCUUACACAGAUCUAGAUGGGUCAGUUUCAAGCCAUCAAGGUUUAUACGUCAGAUUAUCUAAUGGUGUUCGUUUCGUUGUAAGACUCUCAGGUACAGGUUCUUCCGGUGCCACUAUCAGAUUAUACGUGGAACGUUACACUAAUGACGGAUCAAAAUACGAACAGACCGCUGAAGAAUUCUUGGGUAAAGAUAUCAAGACCAUCUUGAAAUUCUUGAAGUUUAAGGAAGCAAUCGGUACUGAAGAACCAACUGUCCGUACCUGA